AUGCCACUCGUCGGUAGCCCUCGCCACGGCCCGCCGCUGAAGCUCGCCGGCCGCGCCCAGCGCCGGCCUCCGCCCCGCGCCAUUGCGCCCAAAUGCGACAUCUCCUCCCCUCCUCCGCGCCUAACCAGGAGAGCUGUUUCCGCCGCCUCCCUGCUCCUCACCGCCCUCCCUUUCCCCGCCUCGUCACCGCAACUCCCCGUGGCCUCCGCAUCGGAAACGGAGGCAGAAGUCGGGGGAGGAGAAGGAGGCGCACCGGCGCUGGAGUUGGAGCGGUACACGGACCAGGACCAGGGGUUCACCCUCCUCAAGCCCGCCUCAUGGCCCAAGGUGGAAAAGGCGGGCGCGACGGCGCUGUUUCAGCAAGAGGGGAAGGGGAGUAACAACAUUGGGGUCGUCGUCAACCCUGUUCGCCUCUCCUCGCUGACGGAUUUCGGCACACCGCAGUUCGUCGCGGACAGGCUUCUACAGGCAGAGAAGAAAAAGGAAAGUACCAAAUCCGCAGAGGUGAUUUCUACCGGAGAGAGAUCAGGUCGCGAUGGCCUGACAGUAUACGAAAUCGAGUACUCAUUGGAUAGCACCAGGGGAGGGAUGAAGCGGAUCUUCUCGGCAGCGUUUGUUGCUUCUAGAAAGCUCUAUCUGCUCAAUGUAGCCUACUCUGAUACUGAGGAGAAGCCCUUGGGCAAGCAGACUAGACUUGUUUUGGAGGAAGUCCUUCAUUCCUUUGAUUCUGUAUAG